AUGUCCGAUUCGCGACAAGAUGAAGCCCAUGGGAAGAUUUGGUGCAUCCCACGGCCCGGACCACUGCGGAUAGGCUUUGGCUCGCCUAAGAAAAGGCCUAUAUUGUUCUUGGAUGUUUCCUCGGCGCAAUACCGGCCCAUUCACGUCAACAACGACAGUAGGUCCAAUCCAAACAACACCAUAGAAGAAGAUCUUGACAUUGACCAGCUUGAAAGAAUUAACCAAGCCGGAGAUGCCGCGGUUCAAGGAGGUCAACAGCGAGCUUCUGUCCAGGAGGAACAACCUAACAACACUCAUAUACCACAAGGAGCUGACCAUCCAGCACAUGGAGGAGCCGUACCUCAACCAAAUCAAAACACUCCCGGUGCAGUCGAUCAACCGCAUUAG